AUGGGAAAGAUGGAAGAGGAAUCAAAGGAGGCGCCUCGCCCAACCCUCAUUAGGCCCCCGCCCGAGGAUCCAAGCAAGGCGGCCAUCGAGAACUCCUUGGAGGUGACCGAACUGGCCGUAAUCGCACCUAAUAUCUUCACCAAUGCCCGCCAACCAUGGCAUCCCCCUGGCGCCCGCGGUAUCUAUGGCGGCGCCGUGAUCGCCAUGUGUCUAGCAGCCGGCCAGAAGACCGUCCCCUCUGACUUCCUCGUCCACUCUAUGCAUUGCUACUUCCUUCUCGCCGGCUCGGCCGAGCUUCCUAUCCUAUUUCACGUCGAGCUGGUCCGGGACGGCCGCUCCUUCGCCACGCGAACCGUCCAAGCGCGCCAAAAGGGUCGCUGCAUCUUCACCACCACCAUCUCCUUCGUGCGGGAAGGCUCUAGCGGGCCGCGGGGCAGCCAAGUCUCGCACGCCUCUUCCAUGCCCAUCGACGAGAAAACGGGUAAACCCUGCCAACCCCCUCCGGACGACUACGACGGCGAGCCAGAACUUGUCCGCUCCGGCCCCAACCCCUUCCAGAGCGCGCGCAUCGAGGUCACCAACGCCGAUAGCGAGCGCCCGCAGGACAAGAGGACGCGCCAGUGGUACCGAGCCAAAGGCAAGAUCAGCGCCGAGGGGGGACAGCAGGCGCACCUGACCGCGCUGGCGUACGUGAGCGACUCGUACUUCAUCGGCACCAUCGGGCGCAUCCACAAGCUGUGGCGGUUCCCGUUCCACCCGGAGGACUUUGGCAAGCUGCCCGAGGACUUGCAGGAAAGGGUGCGCGCGCUGGCCGAGUGGGAAGGCCAAGGGCGUCCCGAGGAUAUGGUGGGCAGGCCCGAGAUCGGCAUGAUGGUCAGUCUGGAUCACUCGAUUUACUUCCAUGAGCCGGCCAAAGUCAGGGCGGACGAGUGGAUGUUGAGCGAGAUGGAGAGUCCGUGGGCCGGUGAGGGGAGGGGUGUGGUGACGCAGAGGAUCUAUAGUAAGGAUGGGCAGUUGUUGGCUACGUGUAUGCAGGAAGGGCUGGUCAGGUUGGAGAAGAAUCCUGGGAAUGCGGAUUCGAAGCUCUAG